AUUCGCAUCCCAAAAACAGAAAACUAACUGUACCCCCGAGUGCUUCCUGUGGCGCCAAAGGAGAAAGGUUGCAGCAACAAGACUAGUAGAGGAAAGGCAAUGGUGAGGAGGAAGUCGAAGUCGCCGGCCGUGUCGCCGACGACGCUGGGUGACCUCCCCGACAAGCUCCUCGAGCACAUCCUCGUCCGCGUCGCGUCGCCGGUCUGGCUCACCCGCGCCGCAGCGACGUGCAAGCGAUGGCGCCGCAUAGUCGCCAACGACAACUUUCCGUUUCAUAUGGAUCGCCGGCUCCCGAAUCCGGUUGCCGGCCACUACCAUUAUUCUCGCCGCCGGGCCGACGGCCGCGGCCGCAGCAGCCGGCUGAUCACCUUCGUCCCCUCCUCGUCCGCUGUCGCGCUCGGCGUCGACGCGCGCCGCCACUUCUCCCUCGACUUCCUCCCCGGCGGCCGCUCCUCCUGGGACCUCGUGGACAGCCACAGCAGCAUCCUCCUCCUCGCCGCAACCAGCUCGACACGGCGCCGCGGCCACCGCCGCGGCCUCUUCCCCGACCUCGUCGUCUGCGAGCCGGUGACGCGGCGGUACAAACUGAUCCCUCGCAUGGAGGAGAUGAAGCACCAGCGCUGCCUCGGCGUGUUCCUGCAAAGCUACCCCACGAGCAGCACCAGCAACAGGAGCAGCAUCAUGUCAAGCUUACGGGUGAUUUGCGUGGUGUACAUCGAGUACAGCGGCGUGUCCGAUGGCAUGGGCACCGUCAGGGCCUGUGUGUUCGACCCGAACGGAAGCAACAGCUGGAAACCGAGGCCACGCAGCGCCUGCUGGUACAUGUUCAAACCGUCCUGGAACAUGGCCAAGCACGGCAUACAUCUCCGGGGCUCUGAACACGCGCGCCUUCUCGGCCACGCGGCGGGCGCCGUGUUCUGGGCCGUUGGAGGUGAUGACACCUUGCUAGUCCUCGACAAGUGGAGGACUGAGUUCGAGGUCCUCCGCUUACCGGGCAGUGUCCGAGCUUCGGGGCUCCGAGCGAUCGUUGAUGGUGGCAAUGGUGACAACGAUGGCAAGUUGCGUGUUGUAUGUUUGGAUGAGGAAAAUGUCGUAAGGGUGUUCGCGACAUGGCGGGGUCAGCAUAGCAACGGCGAGUGGGUGCUUCAGAAGAGUCUCAGGUUAGAGGAGUCCACCAUGGGAUUGGCUGGGUACAAGGCUGGACGCGGCGGCGCCGCCAUGGUUGUCGCGGCGGCGACCGCCGGAUCGGUUGUGUUAGCUCCGGUGGAAGGGAUGACUUGGAUGUUCUCCGUCGACCUUGAGACCAUGGAGAUAGCUGAAUGCAAGGAGGUAAGCGUGGCUGUUUACCCUUGUGAGCUGCCAUGGCGGCCUACGCUGCGAGCUUGUGUAACGCGUUGUGAGAGACGGGGCCGAGGUCGUUGCUCUCACAUAUGUAUUUGUGACGAUGCUUAAUGUUCUUAACUUUAGAAGUUAAUGUUCUAUACUGGAAUUUGAAGACCUCCUUUCAAACU